GAUUCAGGUUUGCAAACCCUCCACUCCAUCCUCCAGCUCCGUCCAGUCCAGUCCAGUCCAGCCUUUCCACUCGCUUCGCCUAGACAAGGUGAAAGGCCGAGGCUUGACUCCUCCACUCGAAUUAUAUACCCAGGCUCUUUCCCCCCUGGGUUUCGACUUUCGUCGUCUUCUCGUCCAUACUUUCCCGUCCUCCCGUUGCGUGCGUCGUCGGUUCGCGACGCCCCCUCACUUCUGCCCAUCAUGGCGCGCGUCUACGCCGAUGUCAACCAGAACAUGCCCCGCAGCUACUGGGACUACGACGGCGUUAAUAUCAGCUGGGGUGUCUUGGAGAACUACGAGGUUGUCCGCAAGAUCGGCCGAGGAAAAUACUCGGAAGUUUUUGAGGGCAUCAACGUUGUCAACUACCAGAAAUGCGUCGUCAAGGUUCUGAAGCCCGUCAAGAAGAAGAAGAUUAAGCGAGAGAUCAAGAUUCUGCAGAAUCUUGCUGGUGGUCCCAACGUCGUGGCCCUUCUCGAUGUCGUGAGGGAUUCGCAGUUGCAACUCCAGAGUAAGACCCCGUCUCUCAUCUUCGAGCAUGUCAACAACACCGAUUUCCGAAGCCUGUACCCCAAGUUCAACGACAUCGAUGUUCGUUACUACAUCUUUGAGCUGCUCAAGGCUCUCGACUUCUGCCACAGCAAGGGAAUCAUGCACAGAGAUGUGAAGCCUCAUAACGUUAUGAUCGACCAUGAGAAUCGCAAACUACGUCUUAUUGAUUGGGGUCUGGCCGAGUUCUACCACCCCGGUACCGAAUACAACGUCCGAGUUGCCUCCCGCUACUUCAAGGGUCCCGAGCUUUUGGUCGAUUUCCAGGAGUACGACUACAGCCUCGACAUGUGGAGCCUGGGAGCUAUGUUUGCCUCGAUGAUCUUCCGCAAGGAGCCAUUCUUCCACGGCAACAGCAACUCAGACCAGCUCGUCAAGAUCGCCAAGGUUCUUGGCACCGAUGAUCUCUUUGACUACAUCGACAAGUACGAGAUUGAGCUCGACACUCAGUAUGAUGAUAUCCUGGGCCGCUUCCAGAAGAAGCCCUGGCACAGUUUUGUCACCUCGGAGAACCAGCGCUUUGUCUCGAACGAAGCUAUUGACUUCCUCGAUAAGCUGCUGCGAUAUGACCACCAGGAACGACUCACUGCCAAGGAGGCACAGGCCCACCCUUACUUCAACCCCGUUCGUGACCCCGAGGUCUUCAAGCAACACCUUGCGGCUGCCAACGGCAAUGCCAACAAGCCCUGA